AUGGAAUCCAGCCCAAUUGGUACUCAGCCAGAGACUCCAGAGGUUACCAUGCUCUCAUAUUCCUUUUCACAGCAAUUAAUUCCUGGUGCCACGGGGAUCAAUGACUCAGCUGCCAUGUUCCACUCACUAUCUGACAUCCAAGCUGCCGGUGGCCUUGGUGAACACACCGAAAUGGACUACUCACACCCCCACCACUUUGCUCAGGCUUUUGCUUCUUCCUUGUUUGAGUACAACUACGAAAAUGACGAGGCUACUCAGAGGUGUAUGCAUGAUGAUUCUGCAUCUUUGGGUCACAACUCGCCCCAUGAAGAUGGCCAAUUGUUUUCCACACAGGACACGUGGAAUUUGACCUUGGAUACUACGAAUCUUGUUGGAGCCCAGUACGACCAGAUCUCGCACAUCUACUCACCACCCGUUUCCCCUCCUCUCACCGAGGCCAGCCAGGUUUCUGUAACUUCUGCAUGCUCUCAGCCAGCUUACUACCAAGUCAAUGAGGAGAAGAUCAACAUCCAGGACUCUUUCCAUCCCAUGUCACCUCCUUUGAAUGACCAGGACCCAAACAGACCUACGAAACAAAGUCAGCGACCAUUGCUGUCGGCGUCUUCUACUCGACCUACCAGGAAGUCCGAUCCAGAAGCCUAUGCCUUGCCAAUUGGAGAAUCUGUUCCAGGAGCCAAGGAUAAGACUGAAGUCAGAACACCUCGGGAUCACCCUUAUUACUCAUUGUCGACCCAAAGCGAUGGAAAAUACUACUGCCCUUUUGCCACUGGAGAGAACCCUUGCAACCAUACACCGACCACCCAGAAGUGUGCUUACCACAAAUACUUGGACUCCCACUUGAAGCCAUAUAGAUGUAAGGUGGCUACUUGUGCUGCUCAGAAUCUGCACUUUUCUUCCAACGCUUGCCUCUUCCGUCAUGAACGUGAAGCCCAUGGAUUCCACGGCCACGGAGACAACCCACACCUUUGUUUCUACCCAGGAUGCGAGCGAGCCGUUCCGGGAUAUGGAUUUCCCCGCCGCUGGAACCUUUUUGACCAUAUGAAGCGGGUACACGAUUACACUGGAUCCGAACAGCCUAGUUCCCCCGAGUCCAAUGCCGUUGGCCAGGUCCUCAAGAAGAAAGACUCCGCCGGUGUGCGCAAGAGAAAGGUCACCAAGCCCGUUUCCGCAACUACCAUGAAGAGGACCAAGUCGGCUUCUUCCCAGAGCAACGCUGUAAAAGUCAACCCUGCCCAGCACGAACAGCGCCUACGAAAUGCGGAGCAGAACUACUACGACUGCCGCACUAGACUGCUGGAGAAGCUUGCCAGCAUCAAACCCGAAGACACAGUCAUGCAUGAGAAGGCCAACGCUAGUCUCCAGGAACUCAUCACUCUCGGCUUGAAUUACCGCCAGCUCGAGGCCAGCUCCGCUGCUACUACAUUCUCCAACGUCUGA